AUUUUAAAAGCAAUAGGGCAACGAACAAUAUAAGUUAUCUCGUAAUAUACAAAAAUGGGUAGUAAAUAGUACUAAAAUUAGAAACACCAUCAGUUUAAAAUAAUGUUUCAGUGUGGAUGUUUCAGCACACUUUUUUCCAAUUCAACUUCAAAUCGAUAGAGUUUCGAAUCAUUGGAAUCAUUAUUUGGUCAAACAAGACACUAUUUAAUAACGAAUAAAUAAUUUGUUGUUAAUUAUUUAGGUGCACUUUUGCUUCUUUGACAACUAGUUACCUUCACUUUUUUUUGUUAUACUCGGUCCAAAAUGAGCUGAAAGAGGUAAAGUUUGUAUAUCUACUCGUUUAAGGAUCUGACAAAACUUAGUCAGAUAAAAUGUGUUAUCAACUAAUCCACUCUCGAUAACCUGUUUUCAUCAAUAUCGGCAGCUAAUGGAAAUAUUAGGCAGUUCGUUUAUUUACUUUCAACAACCGUUACGUUUGUGUUCUACGAUGAAUAAUAUUGUGACCGAGGAAGAUUGCGUCCAACUACUCAAAAGAUAUAUAAAAAACGACAACUUCGAGCUCAUUAAUUUUAAAACGAAACCUUAUUUCAGUAAAGGAACUGAAUUUUUCGAAAUUGGUUUCGUGUUGGAAAUAAAUGCCAAAGUACAAAAGAACAUAAAAAAGUUCAGAUUUUUUAUUAAAAAAUGUCCCGACAGGGACACACCGGAGUAUGAACUUUUAAAGUCAUCUGAAUCGUUUUCAAAGGAGACAUUCUUUUUUGCCCGCCAUCUUCCAAAUAUUUUAUCUGUGCUACCGGAAUGCCGGCCGGAUUUUGCUCCACAAUUUUUACUGGAAAAGUCUGAAGGCGCAUUGAUAUUUGAAGAUUUAUCGGUCAAAUAUUACGUCCGAGCUAAACGAACUUAUCCAAUUUUUUUGGACAGGGUACAUUUAAGUGUAGCCCUGAAAACUUUAGCCCAGUUUCACGCUUCGAGCAUUGCGUAUGAAGAAAAGGCCCCUUCCAAAGACGAAUAUAUCGGUUUUGCUAAAAACCAGGGCGAUGCUUAUAGCAGAUGGUUCGAAGCAAGUAUCAAAGGUAUAAAGGCGUUGUUUCGCAACAAUCCUCACUACCAGAAUGAAAUAGACAUCCUCAAUUCGAAAUUCGAGACUUAUUUACAAUCAAUAAAGAAUAUAAUGAAGCCUCAAAGUAAGUUCUACAAUAUAUUGUGCCAUGGAAACCUUCACACUAAGAAUAUUUUAUUUAAAUACGACGGCAACACCCCAGUGCACUGCGUACUGGUUGGCUUUCAAUCUGUAAUGUAUUUUCUGCCAGCCUACGACGUGUUAAGUAUGAUAUUUUUGACAACUCAUCAGUUAUUUAGACAGCAUUACUUUACUUAUCUCUUGAGAUUUUAUUAUGAUCGACUAACUGAGGAACUGGACAAGUUUGGGGUUAGUGUUGAGAAGAUAUUUAACUUUGAGCAGUUCUUGCAGUCAGUUGAUUUCGUACUGCCUCUGGUUAAGUUGGAAGCAGCUUUGUAUUUUCUAGAAAAUGCUGGAAGUAAUGAAUACUACUACAAACUCAAACAAAAAUCGGAUGAUUAUAGGCAAUAUCUAUUUGAAGAUAAAUCGAAGAUUUCGUUGGAUCUGUACAAAAACGAACCAAAUUUCAGAAUUAUAAUGGCGGAACUUCUGGAAGAAUUGUACGAGAUUUUAUUCUGUCCAGAGGUCUCUAAGGAAAAAUGCUAUGGUUUGCUGGAGAAGGAAUUGAAUACAACAAUUUACGAUUUUCAUAGUUUUAAAGUAGAAAAAGAUAAGGAUCAAAAUGACAUAUUUAACUUGGUCCUAAAUGUUCAAUCGGAUGAACAAACCAGGGAGUAUGUAUAUAAAAUUAGGCUUAAGACUACAGGGGAAAUUGAGAUUUUACAUAAUUGUAAUGAAUAA